UUAAGAUGCGUAAUUGGGGAAAGCGCGAGCUGAGAGAGGAAUCACAGCUCAGAUAUGCAGCUCUGCAACCAGCCAGACACUGAUUGUUGUGUGUGUGUGUUUUGUUUUGUUCCGUUCUUGCAGGCUUGCAUGCUUAAAUACAGCGCAUCAGAUUCUUUCUUUCAUGCAUUUGAGUCUUAAUUGGACUAAAAACGUCCUGGUCUGAGUUCGGAGUCAGUGCAUGAAGACAAGAGGAGAGACUCACGAGCAAUGGCUUGCAUCACUGUAACGCUGCUGCGCGCGAGCUGAUUGGCGACAGAACCGCGGAUGAAGGUGAGCAAGAAGAGGAAAAAAAAUGAAGGGAGAUUAUAAAUUCACGCGCAGGUGAAGUGAAGUUUGGAAUAAACAUGCAAAAGAUUGGACUUUUUUAAAAAAAUUUUUUUUUUAAAUAAAUGUUUUUAAUCCGACUCAGUGUUAGAGCUGCUGUUACUUGCUGUCUGAGUCCUCUCGCGAAUGGAGGUGUCAAAUAAACAGAUCUGGUUUGUCUAAUCCGAUCUGUUGAUUAAACAUACCGCCAGAUAUGGAAGCAAACAUCUGCAAUGUGAGCCAUGGAAUCACCUGCGCUUCCCACAUGAUGCUGAAGGUCGGAGGGAUGAAGCUUUUCCUAAUGAAGUGCUUGUUAUUCCUGCGCUGGGCAUGGCUUUGUUUGGCUGCUUGCGGUGGGACGGUGGAGCUGCACACGGAGAGAAGAGGAGUGAUAUACAGUCCAUCCUGGCCUCUGAACUAUCCUGCCGGAGUCAAUUGCUCCUGGAACAUCCAGGGGAACCGUGGCGAGGUCAUCACUAUAAGCUUCCACAGUUUUGACGUGGAGGAGUCGGGGGGAUGUCGGGGAGACUGGCUGCUGCUCGGCCCCACGUGGAAAGACGAGUACCGCGUAUGCGGCUCGGCCCUGCCUCCUCCGUUCAUCUCCUCCAGAGGUGCGGUGUGGCUCCACUUUCACUCGCAGACCAACAGCUCGGGACUGGCGCAAGGCUUCCGGCUCUCCUAUAUACGCAGUCGUCUGGGAGAGAGCAGCUGUGAGAGUGAUGAGUAUCUAUGUGGUAAUGGGAAGUGUGUGCCACGCUCCUGGCGCUGUAAUGCGCUGGAUGAAUGUGGAGACAACACGGAUGAGAGAAACUGUAUUGGCCCUCCCACGCCUGCCCGGGCCAGUCUGUGCGCCCCUGGUACACUGGAGUGCAGCCUCGCUCAAUCGACCCGCUGCCUGCCCUCAGCACUCCGCUGUAACGGCGUCCACGACUGCCCCGACGGCUCCGACGAGGCUCAGUGUCCCGACAUGGUGUGUGGAAAACGGCUAGCCAACUUCUACGGCAUGUUCGCCUCGCCCGAUUUCUUCCGGCCAAACCGCAGCACUGGCACGGACCUCUACUGCACCUGGUUCCUGGACACGCAGGACCCGAAGCCUCUGCUGCUGCGGUUAGACCUGCAGUUGGGAGCGGGCGAUUCGGUGCGUGUGUAUGACGGUCUUGGGGAACGAGCCGAGCGUCUGCUGCAGAGUCUCACACACCACAACAACCAGCAUUCAGCCGUGUUGGAGUCCUCGCAGGGGCAGAUGAGCAUCCUGUACCACGCCAAACCGCACAGCCAGGGGCACGGCUUCAACGCCUCCUACCAGGUGAAAGGUUACUGUUUCCCGGGUGAGUUCCCGUGCGGUCCAGACGAGGGCUGUUACUCUCAGCAUCAGCGCUGUGAUGGUUACUGGCAUUGCCCGAGUGGCCGAGACGAGGAGGGGUGUGCGCUGUGUGGCCCGGGUCAGUACCCGUGCCAGGGGGCCGGAGGUGCGUGUUACUCGGCUCACGAGCGCUGUGAUAAUCAGAAACAGUGCCCAGACGGCUCGGAUGAGAAAAACUGCUUCUCCUGUCAGCCGGGAACGUUUCACUGCGCGACUAACCUGUGCAUCCUGGAGACGUGGCGCUGUGACGGGCAGGAGGACUGUACUGACGGCAGUGACGAGCACGAGUGCCAGGCUGCAGUGCCACGCAAAGUGAUCACGGCGGCGCUGAUCGGCAGCCUGGCCUGCGGCUUGCUGCUCGUCAUCGCCCUCGGCUGUGCUUUCAAACUCUACUCGCUCAGAACGAGGGAGUACCGAGCUUUUGAAACCCAGAUGACUCAGAUGGAGGCGGAGUUUGUUCAAAGAGAAGCCCCGCCCUCAUAUGGUCAGCUGAUUGCUCAGGGUCUCAUCCCACCUGUGGAGGAUUUUCCUGCUUAUAAUCCUGCUCAGGCGUCCGUUCUGCACAGUCUCCGCUCGGCCAUGCGGAGACAGAUGAGGCGUCAUUCUUCCCGACGAAUGGCGUCGCGCCGCAGAUUAGGUCGCCUUUGGAGUCGUCUGUUCCAGCGCGGGAGUCGACUGCGUGGUCAUAUCCUCCUCCUUACCCCACCAGGGCGGGGACACACUCCAUCACAGACACACCCUCUGCCGUCUGGUCACUCGCACGUCAGCUCUCGGACUGGGAAUAGCAGCCACUGUGCUGUAGAGGGGCAGGGCGGCGAGUGGGUGGACCUGCAGGCUCACGCCGAGGCUCUGUGCUUAGCCGAAAGCGGGUCGCCAGCGUCAUCGCCCACAUCACCAGCCCUGCCCCGCUCCACCUCGGACACGCUGGAGGACGACGACGACGACGACGACGACGACGAGAACGAUGAUGAAGAUCGCGAUCGAGCAUCAGGUCUUCGGCCCAGAGAUGAGAGCAGGUCACACGGAGCUCCACGUCGACCCUCACGUCUACCGUUUCAAUCACGAGCAUCCAGGAGGGUCGUCCAGGGACUGGCGGCGGAACUGGGAACCACGCCAGUCACACGCUACUCCGCACUGGGAAUCUCUCCUCUGUCCACUUCUGAGUCUCUGACGUCAUCCAGCAGCCAGAACGAGGAAGAUAUGAGUUCACCGACACACGCCGAUCCCUGCUCAAACACUCACACUGACCCACACACUGACCUUAACACACACUCAGUUGGAGAUAAAAGCGUAACGCGAAACGGGACGCGGAGUGGACACACGAGCAGUGACGAAGACGAGGAUGAUGUUCUGUUCACGCGCUAAAGGGCCGCCUUCGUCCUCUUUUAAACUUUUUACAAUUCGAACAGAAAUCCUGCUCAUGGAGCGUGCAGGAAAGUUUAAGAAUGUCUUCAUGACAUCAUUUUUAUUAUAUACGAAACUUCGUAGACUGAAUCUGUGUAUAUUUUGCACACAGAGGUCGAGAGUGUGCGCAGGAGUGGCCUGAAUUACUUUAGGGCUGAUGUGGGCGUGGUCAGAGUUUCCGCAGGAGCGUUUGGGCGUGGUCACAGUUUCUGCAGUAGCACGUUUCGCUGGUAGGUGGGUGUGGUCAAAGUUUCUCUAGAAUUGUGUGGGGGUGUACAAAGUGUUUCUGCAGGAACAUGCGGGGGUGUGGUUACAGGUGGGUGGGGCCCAGUUCCUGAAGGAGUGUGGGUGUGGUCACAGUUUGUGCAGUAACAUGUGGGGGCAUGGUCAGUGUAUCUGUAGGCGCAUAUGGGUGUGGUCAUUGUUUUUGCAGGGGUGUUGGGGUGUGGUCACAGUUUCUACAAGAACAUGUGGGUGUGGACAUUGUUUCUACAGGCACAUAUGGGUGUGGUCACAGAUUGAGCAGGGACAUGGGGUUCUGGUUAGUGUUUCUGUACGAGCAUAUCGAGUUGGGCAUCGUCUCUCCCGGGCCGUGUGGGCGUGGUCAUUGUUUCUACAGGUGCGUGUGGGUGUGGUCACAGUUUCUUUAAGAGCAUGUGGGCACGUAGUCGCAGUUCUUGCAGGGACGUCUGCCUGUGGUUAAUGUUUUACAGGUGCUCUAGGACGGGAUCAGAGUUUCUACAGAAGCGUGUGGGAGUGGUCAUAAUUUCAGGUAGGCGUGGUUACCAUUUCUGUAGUUUUUACGGGCGGCUCAGGAUUAAAACACACGGUCCUGUGCACAUCUCUAUUCCCUGGUGCGUCACUUCCCAAACAUGAACCUGAAUGUGGGAUGAACAUGAGCACAAGUAAAUCCUAUUCAUAAUAAUUAACCUCCUUCGUAAAAUAAAGACCAGCGGACUGCUUGCUCUCGCGGCACGUCUUUAUUCCCUGUAAGUCUUUACGAGUUUCAGGAUUGAAAUUUAAUCAGAAUCUAAUUUAAAGAUGGAUGAAGUGCAUCAGCUGUGCUGGAAGUGAUGUUUCGCUGCCGUUUUGGUGGUUAAACGUGGCCACUCAUGGCCAGGAUUGAAGUGUGUAAGGCUCCCGUUAGGGGAGCAGAGAUCUCAGGGACUUGUGUGCUGGUUUCUGGAAGAAUGUGUCGUUAUAUUUAUAUCCAUGUUUGUUUCUGAUCAGCGUGUGGGGCUGAAAUGCGCUGAUUCGAGGAUGUCGUUUUUUUGUAAGCAGCAGUUCGAAAUGGAUAAAAAAAAAGGAGUGAGAUUAUAGACCUGAGCGUACACACACACACACACACACACACACACUACAUGGUUUUAUUAAGGUAUUUUAUCUAACACAAGCUGCUUGAGAGAAAAGGUGAAAGAUUUUAUGGACAUUCUGUAAGUAACGCUAUACAUGCAUACAAACGGGUGACGAAUUAAAGGAAAAAUUCUGGCUCUGACUUGAUCCCGGGGGGUGGGGGUGGGGGUCGGGGGGUAUUUUUAUUUUCUCACGAUGGUUUGGCUCCUCUUGUCCCCUUAGGCUGAAGCAUCACUGAAUUACACAAACCAAUACAAAGUCCUCGUUCGAUGAAACUCCUGAUGGGUGUGGCUUCUUCCUAGAUGACUCCGCCCCUCAUUCACAAUAUACAAGGCUCACUUAAUGGUAUUUUAAGGAUUAAAAGGAUGUAAUAUCGCAUGCUAUGGCCGUCACACUCGCCACAUCUCAUCCCGGUAGAAAAUUUUAGGAACGACGUCUUAGACGGAGCUCUCCACCACCAUUAUCCAAUCAUCAUUAUCCAAUCAUCAUCAUACCAAGAUGUUUUGGAAGAUCAGCUGAUCAUCGCUCCAGUACAGUUCCAGUGACUUGUAGAACUGUUGCAGAGGAACAUUGACGCUGUUCUAGUGGAGACUUUAUGUUGGUUUUAUUUCCUUUCAUUUGUCACCCUUCUGUAUAUCAUAUACCUCUGGGAUUUGAUUUUAUUCCACCACGAGUGUGAAAGGUUAGGGCAAUAAGGGACUGACUCUAAACUGUGAGACGAACAAUUCCAUUUUAUUUUUAUUUGUACGGCGCUUUUAACAAUGAACGUCGUCUCAAAGCGGCUUUACAGAAACAUAUAAACACAGGAUGGAGAUUUUAAGCGUGUGAAUUUAUCCCUAUCGAGCGAGCCGGUGACGAGGAAAAACUCCCUGAGAUGAUCUGAGGAAGAAACCUUGAGAGGAACCCGACUCCGAAGGGAACCCGUCCUCAUCUGGGUCACGACGGAGAGUGUGAAGGUAAAGGAAAGUUCAUGAUGGUGUUUCUAUGAAGUCUGUUUGUUGAACUAAUCCACUGUUCACUAAAGGAGACCCGAGUGUAAAACUGCACGUGGUCAUCGCAGCAACCGUCGUCCCAGCAACCACAGCGAGAACGUCCAUGUGGAAUCGAGAGGGUCCAAAACCGUUUCAUGGUACUUCAAGCGGUACCGUCCUCAGCGAUCUCCAGGGUGUAGCCUCCAGUUGAUGAGAACAGCUUUCAUUUCUAUUCCCUGCUUUAUCUGGGUUUGUUAUUUUCACCACAGCUCGGUGAUCUGAUGCUUAACUUUUAAUGUCUGUAAAUUAUUUAGACUUCAUUAAAACGUCGGACUGGUCGUCGGAGAAUCCA